AUGGGUUACACUACAUGGUUUUGUGCCACUUUGGCAUUGCUUGACGGAGUGCUUGCUGUAAAUUUGUCUCCACCCACUGGCUCUACUAUACCACGCUCCUUUGGAUUCGAUAAGGUUAAAAAAAACCUUGACAAUAUCCCCAAAUUGCGGAAAAGAGCAGACACAAUUUUACAGCGCUUAGAUAAUAUGGAUUAUUUAUAUUAUGCAAAUAUUAGCAUUGGUACACCGCCACAGCAAUUGCGUCUACAUAUCGACACUGGUUCUUCGGACAUUUGGGUUGAAAGUGCGGACUCUUCUCUGUGUAUGCAAUCAACCGAUCCGUGUGGCUCUACCGGAACGUUUAACUAUAACGAUUCUUCAACAUACUCAAAGAUUGCAGAUGACUUCAGCAUUUCUUACGUCGAUGGAGAAUAUGCGAAGGGUGACUACGGCAAAGACAUAUUUUAUUUCGAUGAUGGUUCAAACGUUACGGGUCUUCAAUUCGGAAUUGGACUUAGUUCGAGCUCCAGCGAGGGAAUCAUGGGAAUUGGUUUCAAUCUUAAUGAAGUUCAGGUCCAAAGAUUGGGCAAGGCACCCUAUAGAAAUUUGGUUGAUGUGAUGGCCGAUCAAGGACUUAUCAAGUCUCGGGCAUAUAGUCUCUGGCUUAAUGAUCUUGAUGCUACUACUGGACAGAUCCUCUUCGGGGGUGUGGAUACGGCCAAAUUUCACGGCUCCUUAACCACCCUCCCUAUCGAUAAAAGAGAGGGUGAAACUCAAUCCCGUGAGUUUGCGAUCACGCUCACCUCUGUCACACUUGUCAAUGAUAACGCCGAUUCCCUGACUAUAACUAAAAGUGGCUUCGAAGUCGCUGCCCUCCUUGAUACCGGAUCUACAUAUACAUAUUUACCAACCGAUCUUGCCGCCGCACUGACGGAUCAGGUUGGCGCCCAAACAGUCGAAAGUCUCGGAUGUGCUAUUGUGCCUUGUGAUGUUAGAAGUUACAAUGGUAGCAUUACCUAUGGAUUUUCUGGAGCAAAUAUCACGGUGGCGUUGCGCGAGUUAAUCGUCGAUGCGUAUGAUAAUGACGGAAACCUGGCUACAUACACCGACGGCACACCUCUCUGCUAUUUUGGUAUAUUGGAUGCUGCUGGUGGUUCAAAUGUUCUUGGUGAUACUUUUCUCCGAUCCGCCUAUGUCGUUUACGACCUUGACAAUGAAGAAAUCAGCCUUGCCCAAACACUAUACAACGUUACAGAUAGUAACAUUCUCGAAAUUGGAACUGGGAAUAAUUCUGUUCCAGAUGCAACCGGGGCCGCCAGCGCGGUGACGAUACCCGCAACUGGUGAAAGCGAUAGGUCAAACACAAUGCCAUACGUCUCUGGAUUCGUCACUAGGACAGCUACUGGAGUUAUGGCUACAAGUACUUCAGACAGUGUGCCUUCAUUCAACCCAUCGCGCUUUAUUCUCACCUUUAUAACAGCCGGCUGUGCCCUUCUGAUCUACAUAUUGUAG